AUGUCUGUGUCCUCAUAGGAAUAAUAUAUGGUUGAAACUAUAACCAAUAAAAGAUUCAAGAAUGGUCGUGUAGAAUAUGAAAUAAAAUGGUAAGGUUAUUCUGAAAAUGAAAAAACAUGGAAACCUAUUGAAAAUCAAUUAUCUGUUAUGAUUUAUAUGUUAGAUUUCGAAUAAUAAUUAAUAGUGAUUGGCUCAUAUGAUGAUGGUGAUUUAGCAGAUGAAAUUAUAUAAUAAAAAUAAAUAAUGAUGGUUAUUCCAAGUCAAUUAGAAAUAAAAGAAUAGUAGAGUACAAAAAGUAUAGUGGAUUAAUUAAAGUUCUCUUAGAAUGCAUAACCCAGAUAUUCUAAUUGA